UUUGAUCGGUCUGCGCAGCGCGGUUCAAGCUGAACACACCUUAUUUCAGUCGCUCACCUGAGACCUGCCGAUCGCGUGAGGACAGACCCGAGCGUACGAUACAUUAACACGGUCAACUCCACCGAUGGAUGAAGAUCUGCGGAUUGUUCUGCUGGGUAAAACUAGAUCAGGGAAGAGUUCGACAGGAAACACUAUACUGGGUCGAGAUGUGUUCAGAGUCAGUAACUAUGCUGGGCCUACAACCACACACUGUUUACAAGAAAGAACGAGGACCGGAGCAAAUCAGAUCUCCGUGAUCGACACACCUGGACUGUUUCACACAGCCAUGAGUGAAAAACACCUGAAGACUGAGAUCCAGAAGAGUUUGCAGAUGUCUGCUCCUGGUCCUCAUGUGUUUCUGCUGGUCAUCAGACUCGGGAGAUUCACAGACGAGGAGAAAAACACAGUCAGGUGGAUUGAGGAGAACUUUGGAGAAGAUGUUAAGAGAUUCACCAUGGUGCUGUUCACAGGAGCCGAUCACUUGAACAAACCUUUAGAAGACUUUCUGCAGGAACACCACGAGCUGCAGAAGUUAGUGGCUGAUUUUGAGGGAAGGUAUCAUGCCUUCAGUAACGUGGAGAACAACGAUCAAACUCAAGUCCGUGAACUGCUGGAGAAAAUCAACCACUCAAUAGUUGAGACGAAUCAAGGAUACUACACCACUGAGAUGUUCAAGAAGACUCGGAGGAAGACAUUCAUGAUAGCAUGUUUAAAGAUCAUUGGCGUUUUAACAUUAACAUAUGUAUUGUAUAAAAAAGGGAGAUUCUGGCAGAGAGUGACACAUAUAUGUAACAGUGCUGUUAAAAUCUGAGUAAUAUUUGUCAUUUUCGAGAAAGUAUGCUGUAAAUAAUCAGGGUUCAGAGACUGUGUUUCAAAUCACACCCUACACCCUCAUUCACUAUUCCCUUCAUGAGUUCACUGAUAUAGUGCACCUGACAGAGAUAAUGAACACUAAUGAGUGAAUUCAGACAAUGAUCAACAGCUGCUGUAAAGAUUUAAUAAAUCUACAGAUAUAAAUAUUUUCUGUGUGGUAGAAGGCUUGCUUCAGUCAGUAAGAUAAGACACAUGCAUAUGUUGCUUCUUUAUUCAUUCAGCCAUGUGGACAAUCUUAACAUUAUUUUGCAGUGAGACAUUUUAAGAUUAAUCUGAUACAUGAAACUCCUUCUCUGUGAUGAUUUAUUCAGAAGCCCCAUGUUUCUAUGUCAGUUAACACCCCUGAUCUAGCACAUCAAACUAAAUUAGCUUCCUUUUACCAAUGCUUUUCACUUGAGCACAAAGAGCUCUUGAACAUAUCAGCAUGCA